AUGCUAUCGUUUUUCCAUCACAGUGCGCUGCAGGUGGCAAAUUCGCGCAGUCCUAAACCGGAAUUGGCGUCGGCUCCCAUUAAUUUGAAGGUUGACCGUCGAUUAGCCGCUGUCCAAAGUGACGUUUCCGGUCCAGGACCUCCACCAGAAAAUCCACCACCUCCAGGUCCUCCGAAGCCAGGUCCCGGUCCAGCGUACGCUCCACCACCACCGCCUCCUCCACCAGGUCCUCCGCCUGCUGCAAAUCCUCCUCCGCCAGGUCCACCUGCACCCGGGCCUGCAUAA